UGAUGAGAAUGCUGAUGGUCGUGCAAGAAAUAUCAAACUCGGAGGAAGAGGAGGAUCCUCCAUUCAGAAUGGGGACGCUUUGCAGAAUGCGGAAAGAAUUUUGGCGAGGGCCAGCGAGGUUUUGCUGGGAUCGUCCACUACUGGUAACAUGGCAAACAGCGAAGAAACGAAGACUAAAAGUGGUCGUUUUUCUUUUGUUGAAAAAGUACAGAAUGGUGGUCGUGUGGUGCUUGGUGCGAAUCAAGGUUCUGAUGCUGGGGACUGCCACGAAUUGCUGUAUGGGAAAGGUCCGAAGAAGGAAGCGACCGCAACUCCUGCGAAUGUUGAAGAACAGCGUGUUUCCUCCCUCGGAUUACUCCUCAACGAUUUAGAGGACGCCUCCCAGAAAAUCGAUGAAGAAAUCCAAGUUUUGCAGAACGAUCGCAGGUCCUCUGAGGUUCGCAGCUUGGAUUCGGAACAACGACAAUCUGUGGCUCUGAAAAGGAACAUGGAUCUGGCUAGAAAGCUAUUGGCAGAAAGAGCAGACCACAUGGAACGACUACAGAGUACAACCUUGUGCAAUUAUCCUACUGGAUCUACGUAUCAAGUGGGUGACGAUCAUGAGGAGAAUAACGGAGUACUGGAAGAUGGUCCUCGUACUUCCAUUUCAGGUGCUGGCAGUCGUCCAUCGAGGACGUCCUCGAGACGCACUACAAUGACGCGACGAGGAUCCUCUAGACCUUCCAGUAUGAUAUUACCUCCAAGUGGAGUUUCUUUGGUGUUUGACGCGGAUCGUAGAGACAUGGCCAGCGUGCGAAGUUCAACUGCUUCUGUCGACGACGACGACACACAUGAUCCGGUAGAUGAUCCGGUGUCCCAAGAACAAGAUGCUGAGCUACGUCAACUGCACUUGGAGACGCUCGGUCGCCGUGCUCGUAGGUCUCAAGAAACGCGUGGCUCGAAGAUGAGUCAAAGUGAUGGGGAAGGCCAAACAAGUAUGAUUAAGAUGGGCCGAAACGUCGAUUCCAUGUUGCAAGAAGUCUACCAAAGUUUGGAGUUGUCCGAUUUGUUUGACGCUUACACGGACAGGCAAUUGAAAGGCAUGGUCGAGGAAUUGAAGGACGAGGUAUUUGACUGCUAAGUGUUUUGGUUUUUCGUUCAUUUGGUGACAGACUGUGACUGACGCUCUCUUUGUAGUUGUUGUUUUUUUCUCAUGAGCAUGGAUGAAAAGACAUAAGUAUGAUCGCAUUUAACCAAGAACUCUUCGAUCAACCUUUCUUUUUUCAACACAUCAGGUUCGCGAGCUCGACCGUCUGUCUCGUGGUGACGUCAACCGACGACAGGAGGUGUUCGAGUCCAAGCGCAUGCUGGAAGCCGCUAACCGCGCUCUCAAGGAUCGCUUGCAACGUCUCAAAGCCAUGGAAGACUCCCUUGCCGAACAUCGCAAGCGCGUUUCCGAGUUUUUCGUUGUACCGCAGGGUGGUGCGGGACCGGGUGGAAAAGGGUCCUCUUCUGAAUACUACCGCACUGGAGGAGGGGGAGGAGGUGUUGAUCAGCGUACCAGUGCCGAGAUGAAUCUAGGCAUUCGUUUGAGCGAAUUUGCGAAUAACACUCCGGUUGUCGAAAUGCUAGGCAUGGUGUCGGAAGCGAGCUCGUCGGGCUGCUCUUCCGAUGAUGCGUUUGCGUCUCCGGUGCAGAAGCAGAAACAUGCUAAGUCGUUUAAGAGCCAAGUUUCGCAGUUUCAAUUGACUCGCAAUGCGGAUGAUGGUGGGAACAACAGCACAUCGGAAAUGCAAAAGAGAACUUCUAGUACCAAUAUUGCCACUGCUCGCAAUGUCGCGCCAUCUCCAACAAACGGAGCAAAUGCAUCUCCGAAAAACCAGCGGAAAACUUCCAAUCGUUUGAGUGCCAGGUCUUCUGUUUCCUCUUCCGACUACUUUGGUGACGGGGAUGAUGGUGAAGGUCGCAAGAGUUUCGACAGACUAGAGGAUGACGAUGAAGAAGAUGCCUUUGCUUUUCCCGUUAACCGACGCAAGAGUUCCAAAAGCUACCGUGGGAUGAGCACGAAAUUCUCCGAUUAUCGCGAUACAGAUGGGAGUACGUGCCGCGAUACUACUCCGGGAAGGGAUACCAACGUUUUAGGAGGUGGGAUGAACAAUAAAUCACAAGUUCUACUAGGCGCUGGCAACAAGUCGCAGGUUCUAGCAGCAGGAACGCCGUCGACUUUCAUGAGUAACCUGCUUGGUUGGGUCAGACCGUCAUCCAACGUGGAGUACACGAUCCGAGAUUCGGCAUCCCAAUUCGAAAACAGUGCUAUGGAAAAUCGCAACAUUGGCCAAAAGAAGAACCAGAAUGACACGUUUGCCUCGAUCUCCAACCGUGAUAGCAAUCGGGACAGUCGAACUUCUAUUUCGUCCUUCGAAUUCGACGGGAACGACCUGAAGGACAAGGACAACACAGUCAGGCAGGCAGGCUCAUCUAUCUAUGAUGGUGAUGAUGACUCGCGUAGUACUAGAAGGUCACUCGGCACAUCUUCGGUUUAUUCGCGUACAUCUUCGGUUGUUUCGCGCAUCUCGUCGGUGUUUAGUCCCUACCGUGUGCGUUACUCCAGUGCCGGCGACUACAUGGAAUAUAACCUACCGAAGGUGAUCAGACGGCUUUGGAUGCUGGUCAAGAUCUACAUUGUGGUUGGACUUUUGGUCCACACUUGGACAAACUAUCGUCAUCGCACUCUAGUCCGUCGACGCACGAAAGAGCGAAAGCGUGCUGUUGCGCGCAAGUUGGAUAAACGGGUGCACGACCCUAGAAGGCAUACGCAUGUCAAGGUGGAGGAUGUAGUAGACGGAGAUGGGGCAAGUAGUUUGUUCUCUGGAACUGCUAGUGAUCCAACUACCACGUCUAGAAAGCAAUCAAAGGAGGUCCAUUCGCGAGCUCGCAUCAAAGAGAUCGUCGAAAUUGACAUGCGUGAGCAGUAUGAGCAUGAUCACGAAGGCGACGCAAAUGCCUUUGCUUUGGUCUUGUAUCCUGAUGGUGCCGCUGCAGCUCUGCAUGAUUUAGAACAUUCGUUUUACGAUGCUUUCCAUGCAACCGUGCCUCUGUCGAGUGCAGACGUGAUUCACGCGGUGGUUCCGUACGAACAUCAGGGAGCGGCGCAUGCAGCUGCUUAUCACUCAAAGAGCUACACACGUCGGAUGCUGAGGGACUCUAUCUCGCGUGUGGCGGAUGCGGUGAACAGUGGGAUUGUUGAAUCAGUGAGAGACUUCUUUUCCGGUAUUGGAGAGUCCUUGUUUGGAUUUGGUCCGAAGAAGGAUCAGAAAGAGAGGAAGGAGAAAGAAGCGAGCAAAACGUUGAGGAUCCCAGCAGUACCGACGCCACCAGUAUCUCAGACGAAGAAAGUCGUAACCUCCGUCGAUGAUUCAUCCACCGAGAGGGCCUCUCCAACGGAUUCGUCAUUUGCAGGUCCUCUACUAUUGAAUGAAGGGAACCUUCCUAUCGCGAUGACCGCACCGUCUGGCAUGCUACCUGACCAUGUUCAAAGGCAGAAAGUUCACAACGCUAUGAGGGAACAACUUUUGGACCCUGCUCCGAUUGUGACGAAAGCCCGAAACGUAAUAAAAGCGAAGAAGCACAUCAGUGGGUACAGACCAGGUUCGAUCUUCGACGAUUUGCCGUUCAUGACCCGUGACACUCGACCGAUAGUCGACGUUCACGCGAUCCGCGAGUAUGGUGGUGACGCCUACUUCCGCAUCUACGGACCGCCGUUGUUCGAAGCUAUUUGGGCACUGUUGUUGGAAGUCACCAAAAAUGACAAGACCAACAAGUCAGGUGAGAUGUCGAUGGAUUUGGUCGCUAAAGGCACCUCUUUGGGCAACGCUUUGGUCGUUCAAGAGAAAAAGAGACCAGCAUUUUCCAGUCUGGGUGAAUUAUCUCAGGAUCAUGAUAAGCCUGACUUUGUGCUACGGGAUUCUGCGAUGACGGCGUUUGAAGGUUGGACGGAUAACGCCAGGUUUGGCGAGGGUUCCUCACACUCUACUGGUGCUUCUUUCUCAGGAAGCGCUCCCUCUUCUGCUUAUCAACAGUUCUCUGGAGAAGAUAACAUCAAAUUCGGUCCUGCACCAGCUGGGACAGUCGUGUUUCAGGACACCGAUGCUGGGACCGAAGUUGGCGUACCCGUGAUGGAAGUUUUUGGGCCUUUUUUGCGCAGAUUCCAGGAUUACAUGGGAUUUGUGGAACACAUCCAAAAAACUGGCCAUGCCGAAUUGCUGUUCUCCGCAGGGUUGUACAACGACCACACAUUGGAGCGUCCGUUGCAGUACAAGAACGGGGAACCGGAUAUCUUUCCAGCUUACGCGGAUCACCAAGGAGAGCCCUUGCCUGGACAGAUGGAGCCUGAGAGGAUGAUGACGUUGUCCGCAGCACGCUUCUGGCGCAAACUACUCGAAGAACAGAUUUUGAAACACGUUCAACGCAGUAUGCUGGCCCUGGCCUCAGCGGAUUACUACGUUGGAGGCAUGGUGGACCAACACAGUGCUGUCCAUCUUGAGGACCAUGCUCUGACCACGCUGGACCACCCCUUGGUAUCUGGGAGUGCGCGUAACUUACAGGUGCAUGCGAAACUUCACACCGCGCAUCACUCUUCUCUACUCGUGAAACAUAUGAUUUUGGGGUCCGAGGAAUACAAUAGUCGAACACUCAGUGCUGCGCUCAGACGGUCUACUUCCACCAGUUCUGGUAGUUCCUCCUCUACUUCAUCUCACUCGGCAAUACCAGACUAUGUGUUUGGGGAUCAUGAAGGCAGACUACAAGACCACCCAAUUUGCGAGGCUGAAUUCUUGCCACGCUUGCAGCAUCAGCAUGCGGGUCAUCAGUGCAUUUGGUACUCCGACAGUGCCUUUUUGUGGUUCCCGGCGCCACACCCUAUUCUUUUAAGAUAAAACUUGAAGUAGAUCAUGAUGUGGGAUUUAUAGAAACAAGGUUGAAAGGAGGGCAAGAAUCAGAACAAAACGGGGAAGUGAUCACAAUACAUAGAGAAAAAGCUCGCUAUCAACAGGGAUCCUGAACAGAAACUGUAAUUUACUAUUUGGUAUGAGACAAUAGAAUUGAUACCUUCUGUACAAAUCAAAACAAGCAUGAUUAACCAAUUACGGGCAAGCGCAAGCAAAUGAAAAAUAAAACUGAAUACUUCUUGUAUCUCACUAACCUGAUUUGACUCAUGUGAAACGACACUUACGCAACCACAACUAGCAAAAUCGGGUUAUUCGAAUCGGGACACUUGUGAUUUACUUUGACAUAUUCGCAGCAUUGGGACACUUACGAUUUACUUUGACACUUAGCAUUGGCAUUCUUGGGACACUUAUGAUUUACUUUGACAUAUUCGCAGCAUUGGGACACUUAUGAUUUACUUUGACACUUAGAAGCGGGAGGUGAUCGAUGAUUUAAUACUUUGACACAUAUCAAUCAAAAAUGGGGUUCUAGUUUAAACUCAGCAUAUCGAUUCGAUUUAGGCUUGAAUGGACAGGGUAUGUUGAACAGGAUUCGACAGAGUACCAAAUUACAAGCAUUGCAAGCAAGUAGCAGGUUGAUCAAAUUUUUUUGAAACUCGAUCGUGAGAUGGAUGCACAUCAGGAGGAUGAUAAGCACUUUGAUGAUCCUAGAAGAAAAAUGACACCGA